AUGGGCUCGUGCAUUGGUAACAAGUGUGCAGACAUAAAUGAAACGAGCCUGCUGCCUGAGUUAAUGAUUGGCAACUCAUUUCCUGGAAUAACCAGUUGCGUAGAAUCCUGUGGUGGACCAGGAUGUGGCUGCUUCCACUGGGAUUCAGGUUGCCUAUUUUACAGGAUAUAUGGUGUACCAAAAGACGAUACCGUUUAUGAACUUUUCAAAUGCGCCCGAUGGGAGGAGGAGGUGAAACUUCGCCUUCAGUUUAGCGAGGGAGCCUUACUAAAGUCUUACGUGCUUGGUCUCCGUCCAAACGUUCCUAUACGUGUUCAGAAUUUUGAAGUGACACUGAGUGUACUUUCAGUUCCACCACUUCCAGUUCUCGAGCAAAAAUUUGUCAGAUCGAAGCACCACGUCGCCAUUUGGAACAGAGAAAAGAGCCCGCUCCUCCGCUGCCCAUCGCAUGAGCAUGCCUUGUCGUUACAGUGCACUCUACACCCUAUCUGCGAAUGUACACCAGCCGAAUCUCAGAUCAUGUGUAGAUGUGAAGAAGACGACAUCGAGGAAACCUUCAUGAGCAUAGAAAAUGUACUACCACUCAUUCGUCAACAAGUGCAUUUGUCAGAGCAUCCAUAUCAUAGCGUCAUGGCGAAAUUGGAUCACGACAUCUCUGCGGAAAUUAUUUUAAAUAUGAAGGAAGCCGUCACCGACUUAAUCACUGAAAUCAAGGAAGAUAGCUGCAGUAUUGAGAACACUCACCUCACAGGAUGUUAUCAAUGCAGCAGAGGAGCACAAGCCAUAGUAACGUGCAAAUCUACCUUGAGCAACACUUCAGCCGAAGUCGAGUGUGGUAAAGACAGCUUCACCGUCCCCUGUUCUGUCACAGGCACGAACUCCCAGCUAGACUUUCUUUUCGAGUCAGCGCGAGUGCAUGUUCAGUGUUCGGUACGAUGCGGGCGCAAAUCAAACCACUUUGAGCUCACUGGCAUACUGAAAACAAUGUCAUCAUCCGACGACGAACUUAGCAGAAAGCGACGUGCGGAAGAACGAAAGCUGAUUGACGAGAUACGGAUAUAA